GUGAUGCAAGCCAUAUCCCUCAAUGACAUGGAAUGUGACCACUUAGCUGCCUUAGCCACUCGACAAGUAAAGAUUAAACGAGACCCUGUCUAUGGAUUUGGAUUUAUCGCUGGUGGUGAGAAACCUGUGAUAGUGCGAGCUGUGUCACCAGGCGGUCCAUCGGAGGGCAGACUCAUACCAGGCGAUCAGAUUCUAGCCAUAAAUGAUGAGGGCGUCAGCAGUGUCCCGAGGGAAAGAGUCAUAGACCUUGUAAGGAAUGGCAAGGAUUCCAUUAUUCUGACUGUCCUUCAGCCUCAUCAAUCUCCGAAGUCUGCCUUUAUUAGUGCAGCGAAGAAAGCACAGCUUAGAACGAAUCCUGUCAAAGUACGAUUUUCUGAAGAAGUCACGAUCAACGGAAACAGUUCUGACCCUAUGAAAGAGGAAACUCUGAUGUUGAUCUCAAACGUAUUGAAUGUGUACCUGGAAAACGGUCAGAUGAAAUCGUUCACCUUUGAUAGCAGAACAACCGUGAGGGACGUGAUUCUUACACUGCAAGAUAAACUGUGUCUCAGAUGCAUAGAACACUUUGCCCUUGUACUGGAGGUGGGCAAUGAAGGGCCAGAGAAGAAACUCCUUCUUCUUCAUGAGGCAGAGACUCUGAUACAGGUUGUGCAGCGCAGUCACUUUCACACCAUGAAAUGUAUCCUCAGAAUCACCUUCUUUCCAAAGGACCCAGUGGACCUGCUGAGGAGAGAUCCUGUGGCAUUUGACUAUCUCUACGCACAGAGCUGUAGUGAUGUGAUGAAAGAACGAUUCAGUGGGGAUCUAGCAGAUGAUGUAAUGCUCCAGCUGACUGCGCUGCAUAUCUACAUCACCGUCACCAAUGCAAGGACCAAUCAGAAAAUCAACCUACGGAAUAUUGAGAAGGAAUGGGGCCUAGAGAUGUUCUUACCAGCAUCUCUUCUGCUGUACAUAAAGGAAAAGCACAAACGGAAAAUCCUUGCUCAUCAUCUCAAAGUAACUCAAGCACCAGGUCCUUCAGGCAAAAAGAUCUCUGCAACCCAAGCCAAACUGCAGUACUUACGGAUCCUGAAUGAACUCCCAUUGUAUCCAGGAGGACUCUUCAACUCUGUCGUACUGGAUGCAAGACAAUCAGAAAUGACGCUGUUAGUUGGGCCACAACACGGAAUCAGCCAUGUUAUAGACCUAAAAACAAAUCUCACCACUAUUCUGGCAGAGUUUGGUCGGCUGAGCCGUAUCCAGUUGUUCAGAGAGAAAGAGAAUGUAGCUCGGGUUGAGCUAACCAUAUCAGAAGCUAAGCCUAUCGUGUUGCUAAUGGAAUCAACUGAAGCUGUAAACUUCGCUUGUUUGAUAGCAGGUUAUUACCGGUUAUUCAUUGAUGCAAAGAAGAUGAUAUUCUGUAGUGCCAAAGUUCAACCACAAGUGAAUAAGGCAGAACACAGAAAUAUACAAAACAUUCUGCAACCAGAAUGGGCUAUUUCGUCAUCAGGUCCUGUACUAAAAACCGAGGGAAGAGGUAUGAGUUGUCCUCACAAACUCUCACACAACAAUGAGUCUCAGACUCCAUGCAAUCUGAUGGUAAGCACCCCAGAGUCCAAUCUGUUAAGAUUUCACAUUUUACAAAUGCAAGAAAAAAGAAAAGAACUUGAAAAUCAAAUCGAUAUUAAUGAAAACCUCGUCUUCUUUGAGGAGUCAAGGCCAAGAACAAAGUCUGACCCUACGCCGAAAACUUCGAAAACAGGACAAAGCAACUUUGACAAGAAUGGUUCUGGGUUUCAAGGAUUUCUGAGCAGGGGGAGAGCUAAUACAUUAGACAGCCAGAUGAAAAUGGCAAUUGCUUACGCCACUGAUCGCCAUAAUUGUAUGUGUCCAAAAGUCCCAAUGCAACUAUCCAAAUUGAAUAGUGCUAAGAUCGUUCCCAUAGUUAUCACAGAAAAUGAUGACCUGCUUUGUGAUGCUUGUAAGGUCAAAAUGAAAAGUAUUCCUAAAGGAGGCAGUACAGAGAAAUGUUUAAACUCUUGUAAUUACCGGGAUGACAUUGUCGACCUGACAACUCUCCCUCUGCCAGGAAGUGAUGAGGAACAAGAUGGAGAUGAAUGCCAUUUUCUACUUCCUACAUUGGCUGCUCCUCCACCAGGUUUCAGGGAUAAUAGUUCGGAUGAAGAUGACUCUAAGCGAAGGACCAGUCAAAGUCCCAUAUCCAGUCAACAGCCAUGUGAAAUACGCUUCAGUGACAUCCCAGUAUCACUAAUUGAUGGUGUUCAAACAAGGACUGUCAGACAUCGAGCCCAGGAACUGGAUGAUGCUCUGGUUUCUACACUACAAGCCCUGGAAGCUUUAGCUGCAGCUGAAGAGUGUCCUCGUAGUCAACCACAAGAAGGUUCAGGUCUGAUUUUAUUGGCAGCUAUGACCCCAGAGUCAUCACUGGAUUCUGGUCAUGAAACAAAUUCUUCGGAAAUGACAGACAUCUCUGAAAUGGUUUCAGCAAUUAAACAGCACCAUCUGAUUACUUAUCAGGGGAACAGAACUGGUUUAAUUAUGAAAAAAGAUGUGCCCUUGACCGCUGUUAGAUGCUGCGCCAACCCGGCCUCCAGAGGAGUUCCUUGUCCAAGGAAACAUUGUGGAGAAACAAAUACUUUAAGUGCAGUUGCUUCAUCAAAACAGAGUCCCUUGCCUGGGGCCAUUCGACUCAAACCUGGACAAGUGACAGGAUAUUGUACAGUUCACGUGAAACCUCAGGUGUUCACUCAUUCUAAUGAAGCCAUGAACAGGCCAGGUAAUGGUAUUUUUAAGACUACUUUACAACAGAAUUGUCCUCAUUGCCCAAUAGUACUUGAAGAAAAGACAUCUAAACAACAAACUGUUCAAUCCAAGGAAGAUUCUUCCGAGAUAACAAUUCAGAAUGCAGACAAAUCGUUUAUUCAUGUAGAACGUGACAGAUCAUGUAUUAAACAGUUGUCAAAUAGCAGAAACUCUGAUAAUAGUCCAAGAAACUCAAGACCUGAAACCCGACAAGAAAAUUCAUUAAUUUAUGGUUCAACAGGUAACUCUCCUUCCCCAAUUUCUGGGUAUACAGAUAUCUGUGCUGAAUGUGAUUCUUCAAAAAGUGAAUAUUUGAAAUAUGAAGGGAGCAUGCAAAGCAACUCCAGACCAUGUGAAUGCCAUUUGCUGAACGCUUCACAAAGACAAAUAGAUUCUCACAGCCAAAGGACAACUGUCUUCCAUACUUGCACGCCAAAGAACAAUGAAGUGACAUAUGUGAAAGUAAACAAUAGAAAGUAUCAGCCAGCAACAGGUAAGGAAAUCUCAGCAUUGUUCAAUAAUAAUCUUAUAGGUUUUGUUGAUAUACCAGCUGGUCAAAUUAUUGAUCAUGUGAAAACAGACAAGGAAAAUCAACCCAAAAGAACUGGCUCCCCAAAUCGGGAAUGUUAUCUCAGUCCUUAUAGGUAUCCUGUUGGCACUUCAGGAUUAGAUAACAAUGCAACACAGCAAGAUACUGCUGAAAAAAUGAAAUGUCAGAGUCACAUAUGUUCUUGUAAAACCAGUGGUAGCUCAGAAAAAACUACUAGCAUCCCAAUGUAUUCCAAGCCUCCCAGUCUGAGUGGUGUUCCGUUGACACAUGACUCAUCUUCUCCAGAAAAUGUCUUUGAUGCUAAACAAUACACGGCUCUUAUCCAAGAUAAAGCUAAGUCACAGAAAGGUUCUUUGCUGAAUUUUAAAAACCUUUUCUCUGCUACCUUCCCAGCACGAUAUAAGAAAGAGAGCGAUGAGAGACAGGAGCAACUUCAAAAAGUGAAACAAUAUGAACUUGAGUUUCUUGAAGAAUUACUAAAGCCCAAAACCAAAGUUGAUGUAUUUGCAGAGGAUUAUUUAUAUCGCAUCGCAUCUGGACAUUGCCCUUGUCAAAUCAAAAGCAGCCCAGUUGGAAACAUUCCAGGAUUAUCCCGAGAGCAACGUCGUAGUUGUGACUGUAAACGUCGAGGAUUGGCUUGUAGCUCAAUGUGUUUUCCAUCAAUUCCCAGUUCUAUAGAAUCACAACGAUCAGAGAGAGCUAAAGGACCUUGUGUUCACAAGCAGCCUAAAACCAGUGUUGACCCUUCUGUACCCGAUACCAACAUUAAACAAAAGGCCAUUCGAAGGCGGACCUCAAGUUUGGAAUCCAGUGACUAUAAAUCUGAGCAGCAGCCUGGUGUGUUUUGCAUGGUAGCACGCGGUGAGUGCCUGAAAAUGCCCCAUGGCAAGAAACUGGAGCGGCACCACAGUGCCACCAACAUAGUGUCUGAGGCUGAAGUAAGUGAAAUAAUAUCAGAAUGUUCAGAAAAUGGAACAAAUGUGCCAACAUCCAAGACUGAAGAAUCCAAGAAUCUGGAUAAAGAGAGUGAAUUUAUGAGAAAAGUCCUUAAGAACCAGUCUCAGGAGCCAGCCCAGUUUGAUGUCCCAUCUCACGUAAGUGUUUCCAAUGUAGACAAGAAACAAAGAGCUCCAGCAAUUUUCUCUAUUCAGGGGGACUUCAAACCUUCAAAGUCAGUACCACUUCUCAAAGGAGACAUAGCUGACAAUAACAGAUGCUGCUCCUUUAGGUACUGUUUUUACUAUAGAAAUUGUGAUGUGGCUGAUGACAGCAGUGAUAAGGAUGAACUUUCAUAUUCAGUCCCAAUGCAGCUUCUUCCAGACCUGAGGACUGACAGUUCAGUGACACUCAGUGAAACAUUAGCUAAACCUUCUCAAAUGUCAGACAAAGAUGUUUCCAACGGCAGUGGGGACAAUGCACUACAGGAGGCAGUACUGAGUGAUGCUGAUGGCAACAUAAGCAAAAUUAAUGCUUUGCAGAAUAGAGCCUAUGUGUUACCUACUGGUUUUAUUGAUGCCCAGGAAGACACUAGUGAAUUGCUAUCCAUCUUAAGGCAAUGUACAGUGAACCGUGGAAACUAUGGUCCUAAACUUUAUAUGUCUCACCUGGAUGAGUACAAGCAAAUGCUUACACAGAAGUUUAAAGAGUUGAGAACUGCGUGUAGGAGAGUGGCAGCAGUGGAUAAAAGUCCGACACGUAUGCUUGCAGCUAUCUCAACUAGCUUUCAAGUGCUCUGUGGUCUCAUUGAGACCUUUGUGCACUUGAUUUCUAUUGUGCGAUCAGAAAGGCAGUGCAGAGAGCUCCUCUCAAAAGUGGAGGAAGUGGUAAUCAACUACACGUUUUUACUCCGAGCAGCAGAGGAAUCGGCAAGUAAGACAUCUGCACAUAAUUUAACAAAGCAAUCAGCAUCGGUAACUACAGUAGUGAGCACGUUCACUCACUCAAUUAAAACAUUAAUGAACAAAUAA